AGCUGCUGGACCGGCUAAUAGUUGAGCUGUCUGCAAAGGCAGUCAGUUGAGCUGCCUGCACAGACUGAGAGCAGAGGUUAAAUAUAGAGCCGAGUCUCACCCCUGAUGACCGCCAGCAAACAGGCUGAAACAGAGGGGCCAAACUUCCUGUGGCAAGAGGAAGAGCCCAAUUUAAUUUCGGCUAAAAGAAGAAGUCUGUUUAUUCUCAGCUCGCCUCCUCACUGCUGCCUGCUCGCUUCUGACUCCGACUCUGAGCAGACAAAGCAGAAGUUGGAGCUUCUUGUCACUCUGCUGGUGCACCCUCAACUUUGACCUGAGAAGGAGAGAAGGUUAGGGGAGCACAAGGAGACCAGAACAUCAUGACGCUGUGACAAUCCACAGCAGAGGACUAAAACCAGGACUAACUGAACCACAGAGAGACGGUUCAAAAUGCGGUCGAGAAGUUGCACUGGCGAGGAGCAGGAAUGUGGGCACAUCCAACCUACGAAAGGCUUCAUCAUGCAGGAGGAAGAGGAGCAGACACCACAGCUGACAAAAACAAGGAUGAAAAUUCCAAGGGAAGACAUGAGCGGGAAAACAAGCGAGCCAGAAAAGAAAUCUCAGAAACCAAAAGAGGGUUGGAAAACAAAAACAUCUAAUUUGACAAAGGAGGAUUUGGUUCACCUGCUAGGAGUCAUGGAAGGAGAAGUUCAGGCCAGAGAAGACAUCAUUGGUCUGCUGAAAACUGAGAAAACCAGACCAGAGACUCUGGAGGCCCACUAUGGCUUUGCUGCUCCCACAAAACCCUUGCAGGCUCUGCAGAGAGACUCUCAGCUCUUCCAGGGCAGCAGCACAGAAGACGUGUACGAGAAACCCAUGGCUGAGCUGGACCGUCUGGAGGACAAGCAGAAGGAGACGUACAGGCGGAUGUUGGAGCAGCUGCUGCUGGCAGAGAAGUGCCACAGGCGGACGGUGAUGGAGCUGGACAACGAGAAGCGCAAACACGCAGACUUCAUGGAUAAGAGUGACGACUUCACCAACCUGCUGGAGCAGGAAAGGGAGAGACUCAAACUGCUGUUGGAGCAAGAGAAGGCCUACCAGGCACGAAGGGACAAGGAGCACAACAGAAGGAUGGAGAAGGUCAGGGCCGAGCUGGUGAAGCUCCAGUCCUUCGCCCUGAUGCUGGUGGAGGAGCGACAGAUGCACAUUGAUCAGAUCGAUCAGCAGAGCCAGACAAUUCAGGAUCUCACUCAAAAGCUGCAGGACAAAGAGCAACAGCUGACAGUAGCAACUGAGGCCGCCAACGAGGACUGCCAAAAGGUGCUGAAGCUGCAGGCUGAGCUGGAGCGCCAACGGGCCAAAUUUGCGCAAGAGCAUGAAGAGAUGGUUGUAAAGCUGUCCGACCAAGAGUCCCAAAGCCGGCAGCUGAGGCUGACGCUGGCUGAAAAGGCACGCGAGGUAGAGGAGCUAGAAGAAGGUAAAAGGGAGCUGCAGAAAUCAAAGACGGACCUGCAGGAGAUGAGGGAGAAGAUCAGCAACGGAGAGGGCGGGAAUUCCUCACUUGUGGCCGAGUUGGAGGGUUUAAGGAAAAAAGUGCUGGAGAUGGAAGGAAAGGAUGAGGAGAUCACAAAAAUGGAAACUCGGUGCAAGGAGCUGGGGAGGAGGCUACAAGCUAAGGAGAACCACAGCAAAGAGCUGCGGUUUGAGGUGGACAAACUCCAGAAGAAGAUGGUUGAUCUAGAAAAACUGGAGGGAUCAUUCAACAGGAGCAAAACAGAAUGCAAGCAGCUCCAUGCAAACCUAGAAAAAGAGAGGAAGAAUGUGAAGGAUUUAGCUUGUGAACUGGAGAGGGUGAAAGCCCACCUGAAAGAGCUCGAGUCUUCAGGGGCAAAACUAGAGAAGACGGAAGCGGCCCUCAAAGACGACCUCAUGAAGCUGAAGUCCUUCACGGUCAUAUUGGUAGACGAGAGGAAAAACUUAGCGGAGAGGCUUAAGCAGGAAGAGCAGAACAAGAACGACUUGAGCAAGAUGUUCAAAGAGGAGCAAAGUAAGGUUACAGAUGUUACAGAAAAACUGAUAGAGGAGAGCAAAAAUCUUCUCAAAUUUAAGUCAGAGAUGGAAAUCCAAGCAAAAAUUCUCACCAAGGAGAAGGAAGAGUUGAAGAGCAAAUUUGCAAGUGAGGAAGAAAAAUGCCAGGAGUUAAAAAACUCGCUGAAAGAGAUGAAACUCAGAAUAGAUGGACUGGAGGAGAGUAAGUGUGCUUACAUGGACAAAAACAGAAGUCCAGAGGACAAUAAGGUGAAGGAGCUGAUGGAGGAAAUCGAAAGACUCAAAGGCAGACUGAAGCAGCUCGAAGUAGUGGAGGGAGAUCUAAUGAAAACCGAGGAUGAGUACGAUCUGCUGGAGAAGAAAUUCAGAACGGAGCAGGACAAAGCAUGUGCCCUGUCCAAACUGGUGGAGGAGAUGAAGGUUCAGAUCAACAGAAACAAAGCCGUAGAGAAAGGAGAAGUCGUGAGUCCAGAAGCUGAGCUGAGAAGUCGCUGCAAGAUGGAGGAGGCAAAAAACAGAGAGCUGCGUGCAGAAGUGCAGGCACUUAAAGAGAAAAUCCACGAACUCAUGAACAAGGAGGACCAGCUCUCGCAGCUGCAGGUGGAUUUUUCCGUCCUCCAGCGUAGGUUCAUUGAAGAGGAGGAGAAGAAGAAGAGCAUGAGUCAGGAAGUGGAAGACCUCAUCAAGGAACUUGAAGCCACAAAGCUUUACAGUCGUGCGUUUAGACCCAGCAUGAACGGCAGAAAGAUGGUAGACGUUCCUGUGACCUCCACAGCCGUCCAGACAGAUGUGAUGACCAGCAAUAGUCCUGAAGAUGAAACCACAGCAGGUUUCAUCCGUAAAUCCGUUCAGGAGGAGAACCACUUGAUGAGUAACCUCAGACAACAGGAUCUGAAGAAGCCGUCGGUGUUGGAGCGGUACCCUCCCGCAUCGGCGGACCUCGGAGGGAGAAAAUCCUCCCUUCCCUGGAUGAAAAAGAAGGAGGCCACCAAAAUCAACUGGGCGUCUUCACUGCAUCCUGCUGAGUCGGCACAGAAACAAGGCCAGCCGCUGCACAUCCGCGUCAUGCCCGAUCACGACAGCAGCAAGGCCACCUUAGAGAUCACCAGCCCACGAGCGGAGGACUUCUUCUCCACCACCACCAUCAUCCCAACUCUCGGACUUCAGAAGCCUCGCAUCACAAUCGUCCCCAAAUACUCAAAACCCAAAGGCUGCGACUCACAAAAUCGAGCCAUGUCUCCGGUCACUAUAACCGCCAUUUCUAGAGCCAAGAGUCCAGAACAAACCAGCAGCUAUCAGUCUCCAGUUUCCAUCAUCACAGUCAGCGCCACGCCAGUCGCUGAAGCCUGCGUUUCAUCUGACCCUCAUGAAACCCAAACGGGGCGCACGGCAUUCAAGCUGACCCCAGAGAGGCGGGGUGGGACGCCGCCUUUCAGGAAAUACAAUGACGGCAGCGGCAGCAGCAUUAUCAUGACGGAGGACAACAAGAUCCAUAUUCACCUGGGUCCACAGCUGAGGCAGUCCUCUGAAGGCCGGCCUCUACUCACCCUGAGGCCUGUGGGGCAGAACUCAGACGGCAAGGGAGAAGCAGCAGGAGUGGGACUCCAGCAACCUGUGGCGGUGAAGACGACCCAGGGCAAAAUGACAAGCAGCAUAACAAUCACCCCCAUCACCGCCGCUGCUGUUUCCAAACCAACGGCGUCUGCGCCCAGUUCAGACGCACAGACAGCUCGGAGUGCAGCCACACGGAUCCCCGUGUCAAAAUGUUCUAAAUCGUGCGGGAAAGCAGUCCUGGGCUUGUCAACAGUGACGAGGUUGGAGUCCCGGGCCGAGGCACAGGCCAUGAAAAUCGAGCUGAGGAAGACGACCCUGUGCAACUCUUCCUCUGCAGCAGGAGGCAAAAGCUGAAGCGGGAACCAGGAAACCGUGACUGAAACAAAUCUGUUUGCUUAAAAGGAUGCAGGCCACAUUCAUGUGCACUCAGUACAAAGUCUGUGAGAUCCUUUUUAAAUCAGUUUUCCUAUUUUUAUCAUGUUUGCUGCACAAAAAGCUGUGCUGGGUGCACAUCGGUUAAUCCUCCUGCUUGCUGUCCAAUGAUGAGUUUAGAUUUUUUUCUUAUUUCAUUGCACUGCAAUGCUCUAUUCACUGAAGCACUGUGCAUUUGAGACAAGCGCCAAAAAUAAAACUAUUUAUCUAAACAA